CUCUCUCUCUCUCUCUCUCUCUCUCUCUCUCUCUCUCUCUCUGUGUCCUCCUUUCUUCACGCAAUCCUCACGAGUCGAACCAGUCGACCCUCCCUCUUCACCAACGUUCGCCACCACCAAUCUCCAGCCGACCUCACUCCUCACAAACCCACGAACCCACGAAUCGGCCUCACCCCACGAACCCACGAAACCAAAGGUGACCGACGACGACGAAGAGGACGAAGAGAACCACGUUGAUCCACGACGACCCACGGCGACCCACGACCACGACCACGAACCACUGAUCCAAUCCAAUCCAACCGUAAGUUUUUUUCUUUUUAAAAUUUAGAAAUUUCAUAGAUUUGGAUGCGAAUUUGUGUAUGUUCUUCAGAUAACAUUGUUUUAGAUUGUAUAUGCGAAUCUGGAUGUCAAUUAUUGCAUGUUGUAUAUGUUGGAUAUGUUUCAAUGGUAUUUGUGUGUUUUUACAGGGUUAUCGAUGAAAUGUCGAUAGGAUAUCGAUAUAUGUGUUUUUCUUUUUGUGUGUUUGAACAUUAUUGUCGACAGGUUGUCGAUAUCAUGUCGACAAUUUGUCGAUGGUUUCACCUUGUUUGUUGUUAUGUAGUUUUGACAUGCAAUGUUGACAAUUUGUCGACUGUAUGUCGAUAGGUUGUCGAUAAUAAGUUGUAGUAGAUUUUUAUGGUAGUUAAUUAUGAUUAUGUUGACUGUAUGUCGAUAGGUUGUCGAUAAUAAGUUGUAGUGGAUUUUUAUGGUAGUUAAUUGUGAUUAUGUCGACAGUUUGUCGACUGUAUGUCGAUAGGUUGUCGAUAAUAAGUUGUAGUGGAUUAUUAUGGUAGUUAAUUGUGAUUAUGUCGACAAUUUGUCGACUGUAUGUCGAUAGGUUGUCGAUAAUAAGUUGUAGUGGAUUUUUAUGGUAGUUCAAUUUGGUAAUGUCGACAUCAUGUCGACAUUAUGUCGACCUUUUGUCGAUGUUCGUCGUUUGUUACUGCUUUUAUGGCAAUGUCGAUAGCAUGUCGAUAGUAUAUUGACGUUUUGUCGACCAAUUUGGUGGUCACCAAAUGUUUGAUAAUGUCGACGGAAUAUCGACAUGAUGUCGAUGUUAUGUCGACCUUUCUUAACUUUAUUGACAUUAACAUUUUUUUGGUUUUUAUUUUUUCAGAUGGCUCCCAGACUCAUAAUUCCAGCACCCGAGCAUUUUACUGGCCGCGUCACAUAUAGAGGCACCGGAAUUUUUGCAAAAAUCAAAGCUCAGUUUGAGGAGUUCAAUCUGAAUAACACGGCGAAGGAAAGCCAUUUCGGCAACUUUUGGAAUGCCGUACCAUUGACAUUCUCGUCGGUGUUAUUUCACCAGUUGAUGCUCCACAAAAUGAAAGUUGAUGCUCAGGAGGAGUUGAGGAUGCGGUUUUACGUUGGUCGGAAGGAGGUCAGAUUCGGAGUGCUGGAGUUUGCACUCAUUACAGGCCUAGACUUCUCCUCGGGGCCAACAGAAGAGGAGAAGGCUGCGCAGGUUGCUCGCUCAAGGUCAGACCGAUUGAUCAACAAAUAUUUCAACCGGUUUGAUAGUGUGAAGACAGAAGCACUCCAAGAUAGGUUCACAAACUGUCAGAACCCGGAAGACUUGUGCAAGCUUGGCUUGUGCUUGUUUGUGGAGUCAGUGCUUCUAGGCCGCGAGGCAAACGCGCUGAUUACGCCUCAUAUACUUAGAUAUGUCGAAGACCUCGAGUUCUUCUUCCGGAUUCCUUGGGGGAAGCACUCAUUCGCCAGACUCAUGCACUCGCUUCAAAAAGACAUGUUGAAACAGAAGGCCAACUACGAGAAGAAGCUGAGUUCGGAUGUUCAGCAUGAGUGCAAAUACACAGCUUAUGGCUUCGCACCUGCAGUACAAUAUUGGGCGUAUGAGGCCAUUUUGGAGGUUGGGAAGAGGUAUGGCACGAAUCUCGGGAUUCGGUUUCCCAGAAUGCUUAGCUGGACGAGCAAGAGCGAUAUUGGGAAGAAAGACGUCAGGGCAUUAUUUUCUAGACGGGUAUGAAUUUCACUUAUGUUCAGAAUAAUUAUUUAACAUAAAUGCUUGUAAUAAAUGCUAAAUGGUUCUAUUUUGAUAUUUUUUUGAACCAUAAACAGAAUCUUGAAGUGGUGAAGGGGCUACUUCCACGGACAGAGGAGGAGGCAUUUGUGAGGACCAUAUCUUACGAUGGUGUGGAGAACCUGGUUGAUGAUGGUGUGGAUGACACAGAGGCUGAGGCAGGUAGUCAGGUACCAGAGACUCAGGUACUAGACACUCAGGAAACAGACACUCAGGUACCAAUUUUUGGAACUUUUUUUUUUAUGUCUUGAUUUUUUAUUGUUUUUGUUUUGUGAUAUUUGUUACAUUGUGGAAUUAUCGUAUGCUUACCGUAUUUUUUUGGUAUAUAUUUUUUCAGGCCACUGGUUCAGAACCUCAGCCCAGUGCACCAUCUUCAUCAGGCGUUCGGGGUGUCGAGUACACUGAUUUAGUGGCAAGGUUGGAUAGGAUUGAGGCUGACACUCUGGGUCUGUAUGCUGCUCAUGUCGAGCUGAAGAAGGCAUACGAGACCAGCCAUGUAGAGCUGAAGGGUGGUCAGAACGUAAUUAUGGAGUAGCUCAGAGACAUAUUGGCCAUGUUGAGGGAGCUCUAGCGGAGGCCCCAGCAGAUCCAUCUACCCCACCACCAGCUGCAUCACCCCCAGUAGAAGAGGAGAAGGUCUUCCCCGAUGGGUACGAUCCUUAUGAGGGAGCUCCAGCGACUCCCAUUGAUACAGGUGUUAUCCAUGUACAUGACACCGAGUCGCAGGGUGAGAUUCUGUCGAUAGAGGCACAACCUGCAGUGGUUAAGAGUCGGAAGAGGAAGAGAAAUCCUCCUGUAUGGUUCGGUGACUACACGGAGAUGAAGAGGAGACAUAGGCCAUCUUCGACGUUUGAUCCCCUGGAGGCACCAGAUGAGAAAUUGUUAGUUACUUUCCGAAAGUGGUGUGUUGGACUCAUUCCGAACCACUGACUUUGGGAUUUGAGAAGUGGUGAUUACGGUCCAUCAUUCUUUUGGAUAAUGCUCACACCAAAGGAAUGGCUUACAGAUGAUGUAAGUAAAGUAUUUUAUAAUAUUACUUCACUUUACAACUUUAUGUGCAAUUAAUAUAUUUUUUUGUCUAACUGACAUUUCCCUUUAUAUGCAGCAUAUAGAUGCAGCAAUGCAUAUGCUGAGGAGGCGACGCACCGACUAUCCACUGACAUUUCCUCAGAAGGGUAUCAUUCUCUCCACAUUCGUGACCACCAUGAUCAACAGUGCAUGGACGAACCACAGGGGUCCGAGGAGAAACUUUGUGUGGGAGGAUUAUAUCCUGGACUACUGCAGAGGGGUUCAUAAGGUAUUGUUUUAGUAAGAUUUUAAAUGUUGAACUAUGAUUAUAACUUCGAUUGUUAAUUGUUUGGGAGGAUUAUUAUGGUUUGUUAAUUGUUUCGUUGUUCUCCGUAAUUACAGUCCCAAGUCUUUGAGAGACGGAUGAGUAACGAGUUUAUUUACUUCGUUCUGCAUCUUCCCGAGGGAAGGCACUGGGUCACACUUGAAGUUGACAUAGAGCUGUGGAAAAUUAAUGUCUACGACUGUGAUUCCAGCGUCUGUCAUUGGACCGCCAUGGAACCCAUCCUGAAGACUUGGGAAGAACUGCUGCCCUCGCUAAUCCUUGCAACCGGGGAAUUUCCACGUAACAACCAGAUCAUGGCGUUAACUAACAGGGACAUCACGGUGCUUCCAAAAAUGCAUUCGACUCGAGCCACUCACGACUUAGUUCCGAAGGCAACAACCAGUGGUGAUUGUGGCGUCUAUUGCAUUGAGUAUGUGGAGCAUCUCAUGAUGCAACGUGGAUUGACCGAUGUGACGCCAGGCCGGAUAGUUAUGUUUCGUCAACGGUGGUGUGUUGAUUUAUUUUACCAAAAUGUCAGCUGAUUAUAUGUGUAAUUAUUGGGACAUUGUAUAUUUUGUGUAAUUAACAUUACAGUUAUGUAUAUAUAGACUUUCUCUUCGUUCAAAUUUUGAUAAUUAUUCGUGGUUCCAAAUAUAAAAUAUCGAUAUUAUUCAAUAAAAAUAACUAUUAAACCUAAAAAUAAUUAAAAUAUUAAAAAAAUAUUCAACCUCGACAUUAUUUUAAAGCAGUUUCGAACCUGAAAUAGAAAACAUGUUAUAACAACAAAUAAGUACAGGACGCCUCAAAUGCGGGCUUUGCAUGUUGCUCUGUUGUGGCCUGAAGUGCCACAGCGGCUGCAGUUUCGUGGUACAAAACCUUUUUUAUCACCAGACGGGAAACGGUUCUCCCGUCUGUUGGAUAUUAUUUUACCAGGAUCUUAGAUCAACUCACAAGUAUGUUUAUUAACAUCCUAAAUAAGAACUUUCUAAAACGAUAAAUUAAACACAUAUAAAGUUUAAGAAACCUUACAUUGGGUGCAGCGGAAUAUAAUGACUCCUUCCGUUCAGAUAUCUAGCCCUUGAUUCCUUUCUGUAGCAGAGCAUUAUCAAUAUCUGAACCUGGAUCUCUUUCUCUGAAUCUUUGAUGCUGAAACUCCUUUGCUGAUGAUCUUUCUUCACGAUCUUCCUCACUAUGAUUGAGGUAUCACUUGCUAUGUGUGGGCACUACUCAUACACUAAGGUAAUUUCGAAAUUGAAUGAGGAAGAGAGAGAGAGAGAGUGGGUUCAGCCAAAGAUAGGGAGAGAGAAGGCUCAGGUUUUUCUCUGAAGGAAAAAUAGAAAAUUUAAGUGUAAUUUUCCUAAAGCCUUCACUAUCUAUUUAUAGCAUUCCACUAGGGUUAGGUUUGAAUUAUUUGGCAUUAAAAUAAUGAAAAUAUCAGUUUAAAUUGCCUACAAAAGUGGCUGGCCCUAUACUAGUGGAUUUGGGCCUCACUUUUUGCAAUUUUGCAGUUUUACCUUUUCUGCAUCUGAUUUUCUCAAAAACGCCAAUUUUCUAAUUCAACCAUUUAAAUACCAAUUCUAACUAUUUAAUAACUAUAAAUAAUUAUUAAAUAAUAUUGUCAUUUAUCAUAUUUAUUAAUUGAACCAUACAAAGUAUCAUAAUUAACAAAUAUGCCCCUAUAAACUCUUUCUUUACAAUUUCGCCCUUACUUAGUGAAAAUUUCACAAAUAGAUAUAGUCUAAUUUGAGAAUUAUAAUUGAUUAAUCAAAACCAAUUAUAUGAGUCUUACAAGCAAUAUUAUCUCAACUAGUGGGGGGACCAUGGGUCUA